AUGUCCACCCUACCGGAAGAACGAGUUCUAAAACCCCUCGACCCCGUCCCCGAUGAUGUCAAUGACUGGCCGGAUUUUGCAUUGCGAGAGGCAAAAAUCUUUUACCAAGGGAAGGGCCGAUAUGCAGACCUGCUGCAGGCCUCGGAAGAGACACCACUGUGUGUGGUAGGAGAAUUGAUGCCUUUGGACGACGACCAGGAACAUCUUGCCUUGAUAGAGGAACCGCUCUAUGCACGAAUAAAGAUCGACCACGUUACGAAUUACAGCUUUGGUCAAGACGACAAUGGGAAGCCUGUCAUCUGGGCUGCAGGGAAGGCAGGCUGGUACGAGAUUUCACCCUCGGAUCGCUAUCUGAGUUACUAUAACGACACAUUGGAGGCUAUUGAUUUAUUCUAUUUCAUGGUCGAUCAGCACCAGAAGCUUGUACAGAAACGUCAGCGGGUUGGGUUCUUGAUCGACCCAUUUCUCACCGCAUACCAGAAGCACACGGGUUAUAGAAUAAACGAUGACGACGAGGCCAUGGAGACGAUCCAUAAACAUCACCGCUUUCUUCUGAAGCAGAUGGUAGAAGAGCGAGAGGGGAUCGAUUGGUCCCAGACAUACCUCUGGAAACAUUUAGCUGAGACGUACGCCGACGAACUGGAGGAUUUGAAGGCGGCUUUGGCAAGAGUCACUCAGACUAGUCUGCCAGAGGCGUCCGAUUCAGAGGAGGAAGAGGAAGAAGAAGAAGAAGAAGAAGAAGAAGAAGAAGAUGAUGAUGAUGAUGAUGAUGAUGAUGAUGAUGAUGAUAAAGACGCAGAUGAAGGGCCGCACCAGGAAAGAGAGGGCACGUCAGAAGGAUCUGAGGGAGACGAAUCGGAGGCUAAUUCCGAGGUUGCCUCUAGCAGUGCGACCGAAACCAAGCCGGAGCCCAUCGACUGGACCAAACCUAUAUGGGAUAUGCUGAAUAUCCUUCGAAAGUCAGCCAACUUCAACAUGAGACACUGUGGAAUUGAUGAAGCCGCCACGGAGCUACAAAAAUUGCCUUCGUUCGAGGGAUCGCAUGAAGAUGCAGUGGCUGCCUUUGAGCGCUCAGCAGAACCCUUACUCAAGCUAAUGAACGAAGCAAAACUCCGGAAGAAAUUCAAUUGGUCUACUCGGAGAAUAUACGAUGAGUUGGAAGCCACACUCGCCGAUGUGGUAGCAGAUGAGACCAUGAAGACACCUCGCAAACCCGGCGAAGAAAAACCUCAGCGGCACCGAAUGAAGUCUGUGCUUCGUCCUAGUGGGGCUAGCAAAUCACACAAGCGUGCAAGAGGUGUUGUGGAUGAUGAGGACGAAGAUAUGAGUGAUGUCCCCGUUUCAGCACCGGUAGCUCGACGGCAAGCUGGUCCUUUGCCGCCCAGUAGGAUGAGGGAAGCUAUGGUAGAUUCAGGGUGCAGUCGCGACGAUAGUCCCAGUCGACAACUCAAUGGCCAUCCGGAUCCUGACGCGUUGCCGGAGCUCCCGCCUGGACCAGAAGCGCAAGAAAUGCUCGAUUUGGUUGCUCAGGAGGCGAAGCGAGUUGGUCGGCAACAUCAGACGGGUCAUCUGAAAGAAUUUCUGGGCCAGUGGGUUGUUUGA